AUGGAUCUGGUUACGCCCGAGUCGGAGAUCAAGGCACCUGCACCGGCAACCAAGAGACGAUUGAACUUCGAUCAGUGCGACGACACACCCACACCGAAGAGAGCACAGCGAGCAAAGGAGCUACAUGACUUAUUGAAGAUGGACAUGCGAAGCCCAGUCCCAAGCCGGACUGGAACUUUGAGAACGCCUUCGCCGAGCCCGCCUUUGACGACUCCUGGCCCCAAGCUGGCUCCGACGACAGCCCGCCCCAAGCUGGCUCCGGCGGCAAAAACGAAGCCCACAGCCGCCAAGUCCAAGACUACCAAAGGACCAGGUGCGAAGCGAGGUCCGGGCCGCCCCAGGAAGAGUUUGAGCAUGGCGAGCCCGACUUUGAAGAUUGCGACCAAGCCGAGUCCCAAGAAGAGUGUGAUCAAGCCCAGCCCCAAGGCCGACAGUGGGAGCAAGCCGAGUCCGAAGAAGAGUGCGAUCAAGCCCAGCCCGAAGGCAAGUGCGAGCAAGCAGAGCCCCAAGGCAAGUGCGAGCAAGCAGAGCCCCAAGGCAAGUGCGAGCAAGCAGAGCCCCAUGAAGAGUGUGACCAAGCGGAGCCCCAUGAAGAGUGUGACCAAGCGGAGCCCCAAACACCAGCCGAAGCGCGUGGUGGGUGAUGCUCCCAUGGGCAGGCGUGGACCCUUGAAGAUGACGAGGGCAUGUGUGUACUCCCGUGGCUACCAUGACAAGAAGAAUAUGGGGGGCAGCAAGAAGCAGGCCUGGCAAGGGCAGCCGGCCGUCGAGCAUGCAAGAAGGUUUUCGGCUAUUGAUGCUGCCGUGCAUUUUGCGAAGCAGCAGGACUGA